AUGUCACUAUUCACAGGAAUUCUCCAGAGCCAAGCUCCCCCGAAGCAAGAUGCGACCUCAACCAUCCAGACACUAUGCCUGCGAUUAUCAACAAGUACGUUAUUGGAAGACCGGAGAGCGGCGAUUCAAGGGCUGCGCAGCUUUGCGAGGGAGUACAAAGAGACUGUUGCAUCAGGGGGAUUGAGAGGGUUGAUUGGGACAUUGAGCAAGGAUGCGGAAGACGUCGACACUAUCAAAGUAGUGUUGGAAACACUGCUGUUGCUGUUUGUUAAAGAUGAAUCAAAUCCGGAAUCUUCAGAAGAUAUAGCAUUGUGGCUCACCGAUGAGUUCACUCAGAAGCAAGAAAAUAUCACGGUGCUGAUCGAUCUCCUACAAGAUAGUGAUUUCUACAUCCGUCUGUACACGCUACAGCUUCUGGUCGCAAUUCUUAAUAAUCGACCAUCAAGAACUCAAGAAUGUAUCCUCACAGCUCCACUGGGGAUUUCCCGCCUUGUCUCAAUUCUUGACGAUAAGCGGGAUGCAGUCAGAAAUGAGGGUAUCUUGUUGAUAAUAAACCUUUCCUCUGGUCAUACUGAUAUCCAGAAGCUCAUUGCCUUUGAGAAUGCUUUUGAAAAGGCCUUCUAUAUAAUCGACUCUGAAGGUGGUAUUGACGGUGGUAUCGUAGCGCAAGACUGCCUACAGCUGCUCUCAAAUUUACUGUCGUAUAAUGUGUCCAAUCAGAGCUUUUUCAGAGAGACCGGCUGUGUUCCUAAGCUAGCAAAGCUGUUUGAGUUCGACCAAAGAGAUGUAGCACCGUACGCAAAAGACCAGAGGGACACUAAUGUUCAAUAUGCGACGAGGGUUGUGAGAUUAUUCGUUGUUCCAGGGGGGUUGGGGACUGCCGCAAACCAAAUGGCGUUUUUCAAUGCGGGGAUCUUGCACUUGAUGCUGAUAAUCGCAUUUUCCGCUUUUAGCGAUUAUCCAACCCGGGCCGAGGCCUUGAAAGCAGUUGCCGAUUUGAUUCGCGAAAACGACGUCCUCCAAGAGAACUUUGCACAAAUGAAGGUUACUUAUCUUGAUCCCACCGUUCCACCUGAGGUUCAGAUACAGCAGUUCAAACCGGAUGAUAUGUGCUAUGUUAUUGAGGGUCUACUGGACCUAGCAUUAUUGACUUCAUCAAUCAAUGCGUUUGAUGCAAGAUUGGCUGCCUGCCGGUGUCUUGAAUCCUACUUCGCUGGGAAUCAACCAGUGCGAUUGCAUUUCCUGAAUCACGCCAUUAAUCUACAUAUGAAUGGAGACCCAUCUGCGAAUAUCCUCACAUGUCUGAUAAACCUCGACUCGGAUUCUCGCGGCGAUCCGUAUCGUGUCUGGCUUGCAAGUGUCAUCUUUUUGCAUCUUGUCUAUGAUGACGGGGAAGCUAAGGCACUUGCAACUUCUGUCACUGAAGGCGAUGCUGAGGCUGGCGAAGAGGUUGUUUCGGCGAUCCAGAGUAUAUCUGCCAAUUUGGUUGCUGCUUUGGAACACAACUAUGACCCGCGAAUAAUCGUUGGUUAUCUGAUGCUAUUGUGCGUGUGGCUAUAUGAAGAUUCGCCAGCAGUUGAUGACUUCUUAACGGAAGGAUCAAGUGUACAGUCGUUGGUCUCGGCGGUGAAGCAGAGUAGUAAUUCGAAUGUGUUGGUGCAAGGGUUGUGUGCAUUCUUCUUGGGGAUUUUGUAUGAAUUCAGUCAUAAGGAUUCGCCCAUCCCCCGAGCCACACUACAUCCUAUAUUAGCUAGUCGUAUGGGGCGAGAUCAUUACCUUAAUAAAGUCACAAAGCUGCGAGAAAAUCCUCGUGUACGGGACUUUGAAGUUUUUAUGGAAGUCCCCAUGAGCAGAAGGGGAAGCGGGCUUCCAGAUGUUUUUUUCGAUCACACCUUUAUCGAUUUUCUAAAGGAUAACUAUAGUCGAAUACUACGAGCCAUUGACAAAGACCCAUCGGAAGCACACACAGGCUCGAAUGGCAAAUCAAACGGAAUUUCUGCAGAAAUGCUGGAAUCGCUCAAAACACAGCUUGAAGAGAAAGAGGAAGAGCUUUCACAACUGCAGACAACAAUUUUGAGCCUCGAGCAGCGAGUAACGCAAGAACAACACGAGGUACAAAGAACAAAAGAGGUAGCUACAGCAGAACUGCAUCGACAGAGGGAAGCAACAGAAGUGUUACGGCGGAAACAUGAAGCCGACGCUACCGCUGCUGCUGAGCGAAAUAGAGCUGCUGUUGCGGAAAUCCAGCGUAUCAGAUGGGAGACAGAGCAAGCAGCACGGGAGAACAUGGCAUUGAAGAGGCGAGUAAGCGAGCUCGAAAAUGAGUUGAAAAGAAGGGUGGCAGAGCUAGAUGGCCAACUGAAGAGGAAAGUAGCGGAGAUGGAGAGCCUGAUGAAGAAGAAAACCGCGGAACUAGAGGCUGAGAUUGAUAAGACAAAGAGGGAGACGAAUUUACAGCUUAGGAUGGCGACCGAAGACCACCAAGCCGCAAUUUCUGAAGUAGAGAAUCGAGUUAAGAGAGCAGAGAUGGCUCUUAAUGAAGCACAGAUUAAGGAGAGGGAAGCGGCGACCAGGGCACAGACAGCUGAAGCGGCAGUCGCGGCUGCAGAGAGUAGAACCAAAGAAGCUGUGGAAAACGUACAUGCUGCGGACCAAGCGGUUAAGGCAGCCAACGACACAGCUAAGGCUGCCGAGGAAAGGGCUAUGGCGGCAGAAGAGACGGCCAGAUCGGCCGAAGAAAAAGUUAAGACAGCAUCAGAUGCAUCCAGGGCAGCCAACGAGAAAGUGACAGCUGCAGAGGAGUACCUAAGACUCUCAGAAGAAAAGGUAAGGCUUUUAGAAGAGAGUAAGCAGGUAUUGGAAGAGAAAGUGGCUGCGAUGAUGGAGAAAGUCAGAGCUGCAGAGGGGUUGGCGGAAUCGUUGGAGGAAGGAAUGAAGGAGAAAUUCCGGAUUGCAGAGGAGUCAGCGAAAUCGUUGGAGGAAGAAAUGAAGGAGAAGCUAAAGGCAUCAGAAGAAGUCAUAACCGCAGCCAACUCAAAGGCAGCUACUGCCGAGGAGCGCCUACAGACCGCAGAGGAGAAUAAGAGGAUUGCAGAAGAGGAGCUCAAGGCGGUAGAGGAGAAAACCAAUAUUGCACAGGAGAAAGCACAGGCCGCAGAAGAGGAAGCCAGAGUUGCAAAAGAAAAAGCAGUGGCUGCAGAAGAGAGAGCAAUAGCUGCAGAAGAGAAGAUUAAAGUCUUGGAAGAGAGCGCAAAGUCCGGCGACGGAAAGGCCCAGGAACGACUCCACGCCGCAGAAAACACGGCAAAAACGGUGACCGAGAAGAUCAAAGCCAUCGAGGACCAACUUAAGUCUUCGGAAGAGGAGAAGAAGAAGGCGGAUGAAGAAGCCAAGAAGGCUCGGGCAAACGCGACAGAAGCGGAGCAGAGGAUCAGCACGGCAGAGGAGCAGGCCAAGACUGCCAAAAAGGAGAAGGAUGAUGUCCAGACACAACUGGAGGACCUUCUCAUGGUGCUAACAGAUCUCGAGGAGAAGCGGAAGAAUGAUAAGGAACGGUUGAAAGCCUUGGGACAGGAGGUUUCAGACGAUGAAGAUGAUGACGAUGAAGAAGGCGACGAUGAGGAUGAGUAG